AUGGCAGACGUUACUGACGCCAGUGGUGUUUUCGACCUAGAGCUUCAUGAGGAGGAAAAUCCUCGAGAUUCAGACGAUGACAGGAUCGAGUUGGAUGAUGUCGAUUUAGAACCCGAAUUAAGUAUAAACAAUAUCCAAGAAGAAGUUGAAGGACAGGAAACCAUACAGUUGUCAGAGGAAACUGUAAAUCCCGGUAAAAUAAAGCUAGGUCCCAAAGAUUUUGAACUAAAGAAGGUACUAGGUAAAGGUGGUUAUGGCAAAGUUUUUCAGGUGCGUAAAACUGCGGGCAGAGACGCCAACAAAUACUUCGCCAUGAAAGUUCUUAAAAAAGCCUCAAUAGUCACAAAUCAAAAAGAUACUGCACAUACUAGAGCCGAAAGAAAUAUAUUAGAAGCUGUAAAGCAUCCAUUCAUCGUUGAGCUUGUAUAUGCGUUCCAAACUGAUGGAAAGUUAUAUUUAAUCUUGGAAUAUUUAAGUGGCGGUGAAUUAUUUAUGCAUUUAGAGCGUGAAGGCAUAUUUUUGGAGGAUACAACAUGUUUCUAUCUAAGUGAAAUUAUACUAGCUUUGGGACAUUUACACAAAUUGGGCAUUAUUUAUCGCGAUUUGAAGCCAGAAAACAUCCUCUUGGACGCACAAGGACAUGUAAAAUUAACUGAUUUCGGUUUGUGUAAAGAGCACAUCCAAGAAGGAAUCGUUACGCACACGUUUUGUGGCACAAUAGAGUACAUGGCUCCUGAAAUCCUAACUCGUAAUGGCCACGGAAAAGCAGUUGAUUGGUGGUCGUUGGGUGCAUUAAUGUUUGAUAUGUUAACCGGCAUGCCACCAUUUACUGCUGAAAAUAGAAAGAAAACCAUCGAAACGAUUUUAAAAGCUAAACUAGUUCUACCUGCCUACCUCACGCCCGAAGCUAGAGAUUUAGUGCGUCGUUUGAUGAAACGCCAAGUGCCACAAAGACUGGGAAGUGGACCGGAAGAUGCGGCCGCCGUACAGUCACAUCCAUUCUUUAAACAUGUUAAUUGGGAUGAUGUAUUGGCCCGGCGACUGGAGCCACCAAUCAAACCCAUAUUGCGAAGUGAGGAUGAUGUGUCUCAAUUCGAUACAAGAUUUACAAGACAAAUACCAGUUGAUUCUCCAGAUGAUACAACGCUUAGCGAGAGUGCUAACUUAAUAUUUCAAGGUUUCACAUACGUAGCACCUUCAAUUUUAGAGGACAUGCAACGCGCGAAUCGCAUGCCAGCACGAUCACCAAGACGUACACCAAGGCAGCAUCAUGAAGGAUCAUACCGCAUGCAAUUUCCACCACAACGUGGCAUUUAUCCACGAGCCACGCCACCACAUUUGCAAGCUUUUCCGCCACGCCCAUCGCCCCAAGACGAAAUGAUGGAUGUACAGGGUGUGCCUAUUGUGUAGUUAAAGGCGGACGGCAUCUGCAAACCCACAUUGGCAACAGCCAGUGCAAGAGCAAAAACAAACACGCGGCCGAGGAAUAUUAAUGAUGGUGGUAGUAGUGCAAAGGAGAAUUAAAUGAAUCACUAUAAGCAGAGAAAAUAAAAACUGAUUAUGAAACUACAAACAAACAAACAGCAGCAAACAAUUUUUUUUAUAAAACUAUAUAAAAUAUGUUGCUUAAGAUUAUUUAUACAAAUACAACUAAAAACGUUGGUGAAACUCAAAAGUAACAAUGUAUAAUAAUGAGAUGUAACGAAGAUCUUUUGGAAUCAAAAAGAUGAAGCCCAGAAACCUAAACAAGUAAAAACGAGUAAAACAAAGAAAACCAAUAACAAGUAAACUGAACGAGAGAUGCCAGAUAGAGUCGACACAAAAGUUGUUGUUGGUGUUGUAGCAGCAGAAUUCUGCCGAGUUCACAGUCCUUGGCCGAAUAAAAAUAAGGGUCCAUUCCGGUUACGUAGACCCGACUGUCGUGGGAACGGACACAAAAGUAUUGUCGGCUGUCGGCUUAGCAGUUGGAAUUCAUUUGUGCGCGUAUAAAACAAAUAGUUAAUAGAUUUAGUAUAAAAAAAAGAAAAAAGUGAGAACAACAGCGAUUAAGGCUAAUAUUAUGAAAUCUAAUUAUUAAAUACAUACAUAAAUAGAUAUAAUUCAAUUGCAACAGAAACGAAAAUAUGCAAAUAAUUGAGAAGAAUUAGCUCGUACUAUAAAAUAAUGAUUGUAACGAAUAAGAAAAACAUACAUACAUAUAGUCAAACUUUCGUGCAACGCCUAAUUUGUCGCCGCAUCGCUCGUUGUUGCCUACCGGGAUGCGGUUUUGCGCUUUUUAGCAAUUCCGCCCACAUAAUCAUGUAUCGCUUUUUAUUAUUGCAUAUUAUUAAGACAUGUAAAUACACAAAUAUUUCAAACAAAAUGAGAUAGCCAACUAACUCUUAUGUCAACUCCAACGCUAUCAGUUAUAUUGUUGCUGGUACUAAAGGACAAAAAACCACAUACAUAUGUAUAUACAAUUAGGGGGCAACAACCAACAAAGAUAGUGGUUGGUUAUUCUUGUAGUGAUGAAAAUAGGCGUACAAUUUAUGUUCAGUCCCCUUUACUUAGUUCAAUUUAGUUUAUAUAAAUGUAUAUUGCAAAGGAAUGUAAACCGUUAGUCAACAUAAUAAUAAACUAUUGUUAUAAUAACGAAAUCUAUGUGGGAAUUUAAGCUUGCAAUAUGUGCACAUGCUACUAAUUCAGAUAUGAAAGUGCCACAAAUGUAAAAAAUUAUAAUAAAAACUAAAAUAUUUUAGUAAAUAAUUGAA